CUGUUCGCCCGGCAAGUGCGGCUCGCGCUGAUUGGCUGGAGUGCAGCCCGGGUACCGGAAGUGGCCGAUGCUCGUCGCCCGUGACACCCAGACAACAGCUGGGGUUCUGUGAGAGCGUCGGAGCAGCCCUGGGGCCCCACUGAGCUGAGUGAGCGUUGGGCCACAGCGGCCAGCGAUUGUGAGAUGGGGACUGAGAACAAAGGGAUGAUUCCCAAGGAAGAAAUUUCUGAAGAACCCCAGCCAUAUGGACCAACAUUAGAAAAACUUCCAAGAGUGGUUUAUCAAGUAGGUCGUGAGUUUGGAGCAGCAUGUGAAGAAGACAUAUUAGAGGGACAUUUGAGAGAGUCCUCAGAAGAGCUUAUAGAGCAGUCUCCAGAGAGGAGGGACUUCACAUCAGGAUUGAUUAUCUUUAAAAAGUCACCUUCAAGUGAGAAAGACCAGGAGAAUAGUGAGAGUGAUCGAGGUUGCAGUCCCAGCCCAAAACUGAUGACAUAUCAGGGAGAUGCUACAGCAAGGAGGGUUAGUACAUUUGCUAUCUCUGGCCGAAACUUCAUAGAGAAUUUAGAACUUAACAAAACACAACAGACAUCUGUGGGAGAAAAGCCUCACACAUGUAAAGAGUGUGGAAAAGCCUUUAAUCAGAACUCACAUCUCAUCCAGCACAUGAGAGUUCAUAGUGGAGAAAAGCCCUUUGAAUGUAAAGAAUGUGGAAAGACAUUUGGAACUAAUUCAAGCCUUCGAAGGCAUCUGAGAAUUCAUGCUGGAGAGAAGCCCUUUGCUUGUAAUGAAUGUGGAAAGGCUUUCAUCCAAAGUUCCCAUCUGAUCCACCAUCAUAGAAUUCAUACAGGGGAGAGACCCUACAAAUGUGAAGAAUGUGGUAAAGCUUUCAGUCAGAAUUCAGCCCUUAUUUUACACCAGAGAAUCCACACUGGAGAGAAACCUUAUGAAUGUAAUGAAUGUGGGAAGACCUUUAGGGUCAGCUCACAGCUGAUUCAGCAUCAGAGAAUUCAUACUGAAGAAAGAUACCAUGAGUGCAAUGAGUGUGGCAAAGCCUUUAAACAUAGCUCAGGUCUUAUUAGACACCAGAAAAUUCAUACUGGAGAAAAACCCUAUCUGUGUAACGAAUGUGGGAAAGGCUUUGGUCAGAGUUCUGAGCUUAUCCGGCAUCAAAGAAUUCACACAGGGGACAAACCCUAUGAAUGUAAUGAAUGUGGUAAAACUUUUGGCCAGAACUCAGAGAUUAUUAGACAUAUUAGAAUUCAUACUGGUGAGAAGCCCUAUGUAUGUAAAGAAUGUGGAAAGGCCUUUAGGGGGAAUUCAGAACUUCUUAGACAUGAGAGAAUUCACACUGGAGAGAAACCCUAUGAAUGUUUUGAGUGUGGGAAGGCUUUCAGGCGGACUUCUCACCUCAUUGUCCACCAGAGGAUCCACACUGGAGAGAAACCUCAUCAGUGUAAUGAGUGUGCAAGAACCUUUUGGGAUAACUCUGAGCUGCUGCUUCACCAGAAAAUUCAUAUUGGAGAGAAACCUUAUGAAUGUAAUGAGUGUGAAAAAACAUUCAGCCAGCACUCCCAACUUAUCAUACAUCAGAGAAUUCACACUGGAGAGAAACCUUACGAAUGCCAAGAGUGUCAGAAGACCUUUAGUCGGAGCUCUCACCUCCUCCGACAUCAGAGUGUUCACUGUAUGGAGUGAUUUGCAAAAUAGGAAAGCCUUUUGCAGAAAGGCUGACGUUGGACUUAGUAAUUUGUUCAUAAUCUGCACCCUGUGUUCUCAGAUAAAUGAAUGGACAGAGUCUCCUCUGUUCUACUGACUUUUGUUCUAACAGUUGUUUUAAAAGAUGAGGCACUUUUAUGAACUAUUCAUUGAGAAAUUUCAUUGUACUGAGUUAAAUCAUAAAAGCUGUUUCAGGCCUUAAUUCUCCUCUGUCCCUCUUUCCUUCCCUUUUCUUCCUCCUCCCCCAGUGGAUCACAUAACAUUAGGGGUCUGCACAUGCCAUCUAGCCUAAAUUGUUGCUCUUCAUGAAAAUGGGAGAAUAGGAUUCACCAGCUUGUAAGAAUUACAGAGUUGACUCAUUGAACAUUAUCCCCUGAAGUCUUAGGAAGUCAUGACCUAGACGAUAUACUUCAUUCUUCUGUCCACUGUUUAGUCUUGGAAUGAUUUAGUAAGAUUUUAUUAGCUUCAAAAUCUUCUAGCUAUGCUGCCAAGUUCCCUUAGAAGAUGGCAGGAUUAAUGAAACAGUAGGAAGCAUGGUUAUCUUCACAUGUCUUGGUAGGCUUCUUCAUUCCUGUGAGAGGAUGCCCUGAAAGUGGAAACUGACAGGCAAUGUACGGGAUUAUAAGUGAAGGUUUUAGAAUCCAGAGUGGCUGAUUAGGCAAUGUCAGGGUAUAAACAGUUGAGGCCAGCCUAUUCAGCAUGGCAGAAAGGGCUCCUGGGCAGAUACUUACUUCAGACUGCUCAGAGUGAUUGUGCCCAAGAAUUCUGCAUUAACUUUGGUCCCAGGUACUGGUGUUUGAAGAAGUAGGAGGAUUGUUGCAGUGUCUCCUCUGCCAGACAUCUGGCCAGAGGGAUUAACCAAUUCAUCUGACUAAAUGGGGGACUAACCUUGCCAAAGCACUUCGUCUCUCCUAAACUGGACCCCACUGGUUGGGGUCUUUGCUGCUGGGCCCAGAUGUGACAGUCUCUUUUUGGUUUGCUUGAUGGUCCUGCAUUUUCUUUCUACAACAUCUUUUCAUAUAUUUUUUUAGCAUUCUACAUAUAUCUGUUCUUUAAGGAAACAUCUUCCAUUUUUCAUGUGUUUAUGUUUUCAGGCAGUGGAUGUAGUAGAAAUUGCUCUAAUGAGUAUUCAGCAGGACUGGGGUCUGUUCUGAGCUGGACCUUGAAUAAAGCACUUCAACUGCUGGUCUAUAAUUUUCUUAUUUGUCAAAUGAGAAGAGUUGAAUUAUGAUCUCUGAAGUUUCAACCAGCCACAUAGAUUUCUUUUUUUAAAUCAAAAUUUACAUAUCUUCAUUUUUCUAUUCUUUAAUGUCUGUUAACACUAAUACUGACUGCUAAUAUUUAUUAUUUACUAUAUGCUAGGCACAGUGCCUGACAGUGUACAUUUUUAUGUUCACAGCAUCUCUGUGCUGUGGCUACUAUUUAAAAAACAGAUUUAUUGAAAUAUAAUU